AUGAAGAGGUUUUGUUCAAACGCAUCCUUGAUUUUAUUAGUCAGUCUCAUCUUAACAAGUAGUUUUGAGUCUGAGGCUCAAAAGUGUCGACCAAGUGGGAGAAUCAGAGGAAAGAAAGCACCAGCAGGAGAAUGCAACCAAGAGAAUGAUUCAGAUUGCUGCAUAGAAGGAAAACUUUACACAACAUAUGAAUGUUCACCACCUAUGUCCACCCACACAAAGGCUUACCUGACUCUGAACAGUUUUGAGAAGGGUGGAGAUGGUGGUGGCCCUUCAGAAUACACACCUGUGGUGGCACUGUCUACAGGGUGGUUCAACCACAGAAGCAGGUGCCUCCAAAACAUCACCAUUAGUGGAAAUGGAAGAAGUGUGGUGGCCAUGGUGGUUGAUGAGUGUGACUCAACUAAGGGAUGUGAUGCAGACCAUGACUACCAACCUCCAUGUCCCAACAACAUUGUUGAUGCUUCUAGGGCUGUCUGGAAAGCAUUGGGAGUGCCCCCAAAUGAAUGGGGUGGCUUUGACAUCACAUGGUCUGAUGCUUGA